CCGCUUCCGCCGCUCCCCAUCAGCCAUCAGGCCAUCGCACCAAACGGACCCGGCCCCCAGCUCUCUGUGGCCUGCGCCUCUGCGCCUGCGGUGCGCCGGUGCCCGUCCCACCACCGUCCGCCCAACCUGCUGCGCCCCAGUCGCCCACUACCGCAGAUAGCACAGACGGAGGAAGGCGGAAGCCGAUGGCCGCCGUGGCAAGCCCCGCCCUCCGGCUCCGCCCGAGGGCCGCCUCUACGUCGGCGCCCUCCUCCUCCUCCGCCCCUCCUCGCUGUCGCUUCGGCUCCUUCUCUCACUCCUGUUUCAAGUUUGCGAGGCCAUUUCCAGUUCAGAGAGUCAAUGGAAGUGCGACGCAGCAUUUAGGUACACUAAAAGCAGGUCAAGUCUUAAGCAGCAUCGGUGGCCAUGAUGGACGACUUCAUAUUAAGAGGACUAUAUGCUUCGCUGCUACCGACAAGCAAGAGCCAGUCGUUUCAAUUACCUCAGACAUGCCGGUUUUGCAAGAGACAGAAAGUGGUAUUAAAGUAAGCCCUGCAUCUGAAAACUCCUACUUCGCUGGCAGAGGUGCUGGUAAACCAGGAUUCAUCUCUUUUCAUGGAAGCAGCUUCCAAAAGACAACUGUAGAGAGCGUGCCACAUCCUGGAAAGGAAGCUUCUAGAUUAGUUUGGUUUAUUGGCCCUACUAUCCUCGUGUCUUUCUUGGUUCUUCCAUCUCUUUACUUGCGCAAAGUACUCUCAGCCGUGUUUGAAGAUUCCUUGUUGACAGAUUUUCUUAUACUAUUCUUUACCGAGGCUUUGUUUUAUGGAGGAGUUGCAAUUUUUGUCUUCUUGAUUGAUAAAGUCUGGAGACCUUUGCAACAAGUAGCACCAAAGAGUUACAUUUGGUCAAAAUCCAGAUUCUUCCGUAUUUCUUCAGUAACAACAAUGGUUCUGAGCUUGAUAAUACCUCUUUUAACAAUGGGCAUGGUAUGGCCCUGGACUGGACCAGCAGCAUCAGCGACUCUUGCCCCUUAUUUGGUUGGACUCGUUGUACAGUUUGCAUUUGAACAGUACGCACGGCAUAGGAAAUCACCUUCUUGGCCGGUGAUUCCUAUUAUCUUCAAGGUAUACAGGCUUCACCAAUUGAACAGGGCAGCUCAGCUGGUGACGGCACUCACAUUUUCUGUCAGAGGAACAGAGACAACAAGUCAAACUCUGGCUAUCAUGAACUCAUUAGGAGCAUUGCUGACUGUCCUUCAAAUUCUUGGCGUUAUUUGUGUUUGGUCUCUCUCAAGUUUUCUGAUGAGGUUUCUUCCCUCUUCAGACAUUCCUGAUCCCUGACUCCUAGAAGCUUUGGUAGAACUUUGGAACAUGGGCAUAGCUUCCCAUUGUAAAUUGGUAACUGGUUACACGGAACCAGUUCACAUGUUUGCAAGGUUUAGCAUUUCUUUAGGGCUUCUUGAUGCGAUCUUCGGCUGAGUAAUUGGAGAAAAAUUGACACUGGAAUCAAAUAAACAGCAAAUAAAAGGUCUGAGGCAUAAGUGUUUCCAUGCUGCUCUUGUGGAUCAAAUUCUGAGUUUGCAAGUGGAUCAGUUUUGUAAGAAGCUACGCGAGAUUUAGUUAAAUUUAAUGCUCUACAAGACCCUUGCAGAACACAAUACAAUUCCCAAGCUGAUGGCUAUCCUGUAUCUGUAUGUCAUUGCCAAAUGGUCAGACCCUGCUGAUGCUAGGAUACGUGGAGCUGGAUCCAGAUGAUUCAGACUUCUCUGUCCGUUUUCCUUCGGACAACAUAUUUUCUGUGUGCUACUGAAUUCAGUUUCCCCUUAAUUCGGUGCAGCAUGAAUCACCUUUUUGUGAUGA